CCGACCGUUGCGUUGCACGUGCGCCUGUUUCUCAAGAAAUAAACAAUAUUUUUAUUAUAUUAGUAAGCAUUAAAUAGGCAAACAUGGGCGAGUUCAUAGCUGAGAUGCAGGAGCGCCUGCUGCCGGAGUACGAGCAGAUGAAGAACUACAGCGUAUUCACGGCGGAUCAAGUCAGAGAAAUCGUCGGGCGGCGGGAACGCCUGUUCCUGAAGAUCAACAAGAGCCACCAGAGCAUCACCGACUACCUGGAGUUCAUUCUGUACGAGAAGCACAUGCACCUGACCAUCGAGGACAAGGAGAAGAAGAUGCACGUGAAGCUGACCGGUCUGAAGACCUCCAUAGCCACGCGGAUCAUGCGUCUGUACAGGGAGGCUCUCGGCAAGUUCACCCACGACCGGCGGCUGUGGAGCAACUGGAUCAAGUUCAGCAAGAAGUCCAAUCCCGUCGAGGUGGCCGGCAUCUACGAGAAGAUGCUGCUGUACCACGGCGAUGUUCCGGACUAUUGGGUGGAUGCCGCCAUGUGGCUGUACGAGUACAACCGCCUCAAUAUCGACCGCGUCAAGGACAUUCUGCUGCGCGGUCUGCAGCGCCACUCGGAUUCGCCGACCCUCAACAAGUGCUUCUUUGACAUUAUGCUCAAGGAGGCCGCCCUGGCCAAUGACGAACGCACGCUGGACGAGAACACGAUCUCCGAGCAGGACAUCAAGCUGGAACGCGUGGAGGCGGUCUACCGCAACAGCAUGGCCAAUAUCACGCAGCUGGACUACUUUGUGAAGCUCCUCGAGAGCUGUGAGGAUUAUCAGGAGCUGACGGGCAAGCUGCAGCGUCUGAUUAUCGACGACAUGCAGGAGAAAUUCCCCCGCGAACCGGGCCUUUGGGAUCUGCUCGCCCAGCGCGAGUUGCGCGGCUUUCAUCUGGGCGACUUGGAGGACGAGGAACUGGAUACCAGCGACGAGGAGCCCGCCAGCAAGAAAUCCCGCUCGGUGAAUGCCCGCUCGCUCAAGCGACGCAUUCAGCUCUGCGUGACGGUCUACAAAUCGGCGGUGGAGCAGCUGCAAACGCCGGAGAUCUGGAAUAUGUACCUCGAUGCCAUGCUGGCCCUAAACAGCGACGGCAAGACAGAGCGCAUCCUCAAGCAACAGUGCCUGGCGGAUGCCCUGCAAGCGGGCCAUCGCUCUCAAAUGAUGGGUGUGAAGCACUACGCUAUAUUGAGGAAAAUGCUCUGCACAGCACCGAGUGGAAGGGAGGCGGCUGUCACCAUUCUAACGGAGGCCCUGAAGACCGAUUCCUCUGUGGAGAUGCACGAACUGCUGCUGGCCACGCACAUCCAGAGCGAUAGUGAGCCGCUGAUCUAUGAGAUGUUCCAGAAGAUCCAGAAGAGCAUGGGCAGCGAGGCGUUGCCGCUGUGGCGCAGUGUCCUUUUGUAUUAUCACACGCGGCAGGACACUUUGGGCGCCAGCAGGCUGGACGAGAUCUACGGUUUGGCCUGCAAGUCGGCGUGGCCGGAGUUUGGCGAUCUGCGUUCCGAUUACCUUCGCUAUCUGUGGCAGGAGAGAUCCGUUGAUGAUGCGCGCAAGGAGUACGCCAAGCUGGCCGUACAGCCGCCCAUGUCGCUGGCGCUGCACCGCCAAAUGGUCCAGCUGGAGUCCAGUGCCGCCGUUCACAACCCGGCCAGCCUGAAGUACUGGCGCAUGUGCUACGACUUCAUGGCCUGCUACUUCGGCAAGACAGAGCCGCGCGUUUGGGUCGAGUAUCUGGCCUUCGAGCGGGAUCACGGCGAAACGAAGAACAUCGCCCUGCUCACCCAGCGGGCCAUCAACACGCUGGAGCCCCAAUACGUGGCUGCCUUUGAGGCGGAGCGAGCACUGGCCUAUGUGGGCGCUUCUAUAGUUGGUUGAACAAGAUUUGCCAGAUUAUUUUCUCUGUUUUUUUUUACAUAAUUCCUAAGUCAAUCUUCUGGACUGCGUCUGUAUAGUAACUCUAGAUUAGGAAAUACAUUUUAAACACAUCUAUUGUAAUCAAUUUCGUAGUGAAUAUAGAGUUUUUAAGAUAAUUUAUGAAAACGAAAGUUUAUAUUUAAUGCUUUAGGAACUUGUUCGUGAUGCACUUGUAAUUUGUGAUGGAAAAGUUAAGCCAAAUUAGACUCAUUAAUCAGAGAAUUGCCUAUAAUUUUACUGAU